UUUUUUAACUGUAAUGCUGUAAAACCAGCAUAAAACAUGAAUAAAAAUCAUGUAGAAACAGACUAAGAUACUACAAAAGGUUAAAGAAGUCCUUGAUCAGAUAGGGUUUAGUGUUGAAACAGAUAGAAUAAGGCAAAUUGAAGUAAUUUUCGUGGAGUUGGAUAAAGCAUGUAUUGCUGAAGAUGUAAGGGAGAAUUCUAAUGGGGUAAGUUGGAAAGAAGAGAAAUGUGCUGAAAGUUGUUAGUGAGAAUGGCUCCUGGUACACGAAGUAAGGUGUAAAAUGGUCUGAGACGAUGUUUUGUUGUGGAAAAAGCAGGAAAGCAAUAUCCAAGAAUGCCUUGAACCACUCCACAUAUCUUCACCCUAACUACGGGGACUUUUCCCAAACUCAUCAUAGACAGAUCUCCUCGUCUGUUGAUUGGUCGGAGCAUGCGGCAAACAGUGAGCACACAUGGAUGGACACAAACGCAUCCGGGGACUUCUGUUACGCCAUGGAGCAGGACUGCAUUAAGACUGGCCCGAGGAAGAAAUGUAUGGCAUGCAAGAUCGUUGCCCAUGUUGGCUGUAUUCAAGUCCUCGAAGUGGAAACUCCAUUAAAGAAAAACCUGCGCUGCAAACCAACUUUCCGGGAGGCUGGCGUUAGGAAUUACAGGGAGCCUGAGCCUCCAUGUUCACCCACUUACGUUUAUAAUCAACAGUUGAUGCGGCAUCAUUGGGUACACAGAAGACGGCAAGAUGGCAAGUGCAAGCAAUGUGGCAAGUCAUUCCAGCAGCGAUUUACGUUCCAGAGCAAGGAGAUAAUAGCAAUAAGCUGUUCAUGGUGUAAGGCGGCAUACCACAACAAGAUUUCCUGCUUCAUGAUGCAGCAGAUUGAGGAGCAGUGUCCGCUGGGCGUACAUGCUGGAAUCAUUGUCCCCCCCUCCUGGAUUAUCAAGUUGCCGAGAAAGGGCUCUUUCAAAUCUUCUAUAAGAAAGAAGAGUCGAACAAAGUCUUCAGUGAAGAGAAAGAAAGGCAGCUGUAAGGACAUAGAUAUUCACCGCCCCUUCAUCAUCAAGCCUAUUCCCUCUCCCCUGCUCAAACCAUUACUAGUGUUCAUUAAUCCCAAGUCGGGCGGGAACCAGGGGGGAAAACUCUUCCACAAAUUUUGCUGGUUGUUGAAUCCGAGACAGGUGUUUGACCUCAGCAAUGGCGGACCAAAAAUGGGGCUGGACCUCUACAAAAAAGUGCCUAACCUGCGAGUACUGGUGUGUGGUGGUGACGGGACGGCGGGCUGGAUCCUGAGUGCCCUUGAUAUUCUCAACCUCCCCUCCCCACCCCCUGUCGCUAUCCUCCCCCUGGGCACCGGCAAUGACCUGGCACGGACCCUCAACUGGGGCGGGGGGUACACAGAUGAACCAAUCAGCAAGAUCUUAUGCAAUGUUGAAGAUGGUCAGGUGGUGCAGUUAGACCGGUGGAAUGUGUCGGUAGAGCCUCACCUCGGGGCUGGAGAGCCAGAGCCUGGGGAGGAGGAAGUGAAGGACCGCCUACCCCUGGAUGUCCUCAACAAUUACUUCAGUCUUGGGGCAGAUGCUCAUGUCGCUCUUGAGUUCCAUGAAUCUCGAGAAGCAAACCCUGAAAAGUUCAAUAGCAGAUUCCGAAACAAAAUGUUUUAUGCAGGAGCGGGAGGACGUGAUUUGUUGAAACGAAGUUGGCGAGGCUUCUCAGAACAAAUAAAGCUUAUCUGUGAUGGUGUGGAUUUAACGCAGAAGAUUGUGGAUAUGAAACUUCACUCUCUUCUCUUUCUCAACAUUCCAAGAUAUAGCAGCGGUACGCUGCCAUGGGGAAACCCAAAUGCUGCGGGCUUCGAGCCCCAGAAACUGGACGAUGGGUGUCUGGAGGUUAUAGGCUUUACCUACUCAUCAUUGGCAACACUGCAGAUCGGUGGUCAUGGUGAGCGUCUGAUACAGUGUCGGGAGGUCGUGCUUACCACAGAGAAGCCAAUCCCCAUGCAGGUUGACGGAGAACCGUGUCGUCUGGCCCCCUCCGUCAUAAGAAUAUCCCUCCGUAACCAGGUCAACAUGAUCAUGAAACCAAAGCGACGAGGAUCCAUGCCCAUUGCCAACGAUCCCCCUUCUGUGCCUGAACGGCUCCGUAUACAGGUGAGCCGUAUCGGGAUGCGGGAUUACGAGCUGUUAAAUUACAACAAGGAUCGACUGAGGGCAGCGUCGGUUCCUGUUGGGAUGAUUGUUGUAGAGACCAGCGUGAACUUGGAGGAGGUGCGGGCACACAUCAACAGGCUCCAGGAGGACAUGAUGCGUUCGUCAGAGAAUGUAGAGUCUAACUAUUCACCGUUGUCGAAGAAAUGGUGCUACCUUGAUUCUACAACAGCAGAGAGAUUUUUCCGUAUUGACCGGUCUCAGGAAAACCUUCACUACAUCACAGACAUAUCAUCCGAGGAUUUGUUCAUCCUUGACCCUGAGAUGACCUUGAAAGGUCACACAAACAAUAACAUUGAAGGUCAGUUGGAUAAGAACAGUGCAGUGAUGAAGGAGAACAACUUUACGUCAUCGAAAGACAGCGAGCUGGUCUUCACGUUUUCGAUGCCCGUAACACCACCUAAGUCACCAAGAUUUGAGGCGCAGCGCCUGGUGCGGCCAGAGAGUGCAGAGAACCUUCUCUCGCCUCCGAACCAGCCAGGUUCUAACAACAGUUCGGAGCCUGGUUCCCCAUCCAACCCUACAAACACACCAACCAAACCCUUCCACUUCACAACCACGGGCGAGAAACCCAAGCCACUCUCAACAACCGACAAAAUGAUGAUAGAUGCUUCCAAACGAGGAGAUCUCAGAAAGUUGAUGGAGCUACAUGAGACUGGUCGGUGUGACCUUCUGUGUACUGACCAGUAUGGGAUGACCGCCCUCCACCAUGCUGCACGCUUCGGACACAAGGAAAUUGUCAAGUACCUCAUCAAGAAUGCGCCACCUGUGAUCCUGGAUAUGGUCGACUAUGAAAAGGGCCAGACAGCGCUUCACAAGGCAGCCUGGUACCAGCGGCGGACAAUCUGCUGUAUCCUGGUGGAGGCAAAGGCAUGUCUGAGUCGCCGUGACAACCAGGGGAACACCCCACGCAUGCAGGCACUCCGGGCAGAUGACAGGGACCUAGCUGCUUACUUAAAGAGUCAGGAACAUUUCCAGAUGGUCGUAUCUGAGGACCAGGAGACUGCAGUAUGACAUUUAAAAAAUUUGCUAUGGAAACAACUCACUUUCCCGUGCGCAUUGGAACAGAACUUGUGUGGAAAAUUACUGGCACGCAACGGAAUCACGUUUGUAGAAGAAAUGUUUGAAUUGUUAUCGCAGUGCCCUCAUGGAUAAAGUGCUUGUCUUUGGGCAUCCAUGCCAGCAGUUGUGAAGGACUUUGUUAUGUUUUUACGUAAAUUUCUGUUUCAAAUAUGAAGAUCAUUUUGGUAUGUCAUGGUCAUGUGGUUUUGACAAAUGGCAUCAAAUCCUCUCCUGAUGGGUCUUGUUGAUAUUGAUCUUAAUUGUAUCAAAGCUGUAGGUAAUCAGAUUGUUUGGACUAAAUAAUACACCUAUACUGUGAAUGAAGUCAAGGAUGUAUGACCAGAAGACUUUUUUGCAUAUUGAAUACCACGGUUGAUCUGUUGGACGAUGUAUUAAGCUGUAACAUUGUUUUCCAUGGAGGUGAAUUUCACAGUGAUUUGGACAUUAUGCAACUAGAUCCGGAGCAGCUACAUGUACCAUGUUUAGAUACAAGUUAAUAGUCUAUGCUUGGAGAAGACCACAGCAGGCUGCUAUUUUAAGAAUGAUCACAGAGUGACUUAAAGCAUGAAAUUUCAUAUUUAUAACUGCACCAUGAUGACAAGGUGUAGGACGUAUUACCUUAUUAUGAUUUUUAAAAUUUGAUACAUUUCUUGUUUUCUAAAAAAAGGCAUUUCAUGUUCGAAACAUGCAAUCUGUGUACAAACCCAGCAACUGGUUGCUCACUUGUAUAACCACAAUUUCUUCCUACAAUUUUCUUUGUAUGCCCGUGUCUUUGUGAUACUACACCUUUGUAAAAGGUUGUAAAAGUAAUCCCCCAUCGGGAGGCCUCCUGCCCUGUAGGGGUCACUAUUUUUAUAUUGUUUGUCCAAUGUUACACGUUCACUUUAUCUGUGUUUUUGUUUUUUGUAACAACUUCUUGAUCAUGUUUGAAUAAGUCCAACUGAAAUCUCAUAAACCUAUGUGUGCCAGCCAUGAGAACUACAGUACACCAUGAAGUACCAGAACAUCAUUCAGGGCUUGUUUUGUAAAACACUUCUCAAAAACUGUUCAUUUCAGUAAAUAGGCAUCUGUGCCUGUGACCUUCUCUAAAUUCGGGAGGGUUUUAAAGCUGCACUCUCACAGAUUGAACGUUUUAACAUUUUAUUUUUUUUGUCUUGGAACGAGCGAGUGUUUGAGUAAUAUCUGCAAACCAGUGAUAAAAGACCGCUGACAAAAGAUCAGACUGCAGCUUUACAUAUUUCCGUCCCAAAAUUGAUGUUUUAUGCAUUUUUCUUAAACCGUUAGUAACGGUUUAAGCCAUAAAACAUUAAAUUUGGAAUGAAAAUAUGAAGGUCUGCAUUCUGAUCUUUUGUCAUCAGUCUUUCAUCACUGGUUAGCAGAUAUUUUCGCAAAAUUUUCUAAUUCUAAUACAAAAAAAAUAAUAAAAAGUUGGAAAAAAGGUAAAUCUGUGAGAGUGCAGCUUUAACUUCCUAAUUCAUGUAUAUGCCAUUCCGUCCCGUUAAGGCCGCCUUUACACAAAACACUGCAUCAAUAAAUUCAUCAUAAAAUAUGGUAAGAUAAAGAUUUCAGUUCAAUAUUGAGCGAAUGUCACAAAUUAAAUUGAUAUUUUUCAAAUUGUAAAAUCAAACGGUUUUUACCUAUUCUUACAAGCAAUUCUUUCGAUAGUUAUUAUAGCUACAAAAGUCAUGUUCUCAGAAAUAAUUAUUUCAAGAAGCGAUUGAACAAUAUAGGCAUUGAUAAGAAUAAUAUUCCAUUAUCUCUUCAAAUUGUUACUAAGUUAAAGUGAAAAAAUACAUAAAAACUACAAUGUACACAGGACGAGUUCAGAAACUAGCCUUGUGAAUAUAGUCAACAUACGAUCAUCACUAGAAUGGACCACAGGUUUAAAGUCAUUUUCACUUUCAUGUUCUUAACUUGGCUAUGCUGGUACAUUUUUUAAAAAAGCCAAAAACAACAAUAUCCCUCGACAUUUUUCAAUCCCAAAUUAAUUUAUUUUCCAAUCAUUUGUAAAUGUUCAAGUCAUUAUUUAACAAGUUAAACCAUGUAGAAAACAGUUUGUCUUUUUGUCAUCUUCAUCAAAUUAAUGUAUGUUCACUGAAAUUGUUCCUUGCUUUUUUGAAACCCAGAUAUGCACUUUUACCAUUUUGUUAAUUCAACUUUAUGUAGAAAAUAGAUAAAAAUGUAUUAUGUAAAUAAUAUAUAAGAUAAAUAAUAUAAUUUUUAUUUUUAUUGUGUAAGUUUAUAAAUACUCAUAUGUUGAUAGCACUUUCAUCCGGUCCAGUCUUUGUACUGUACAUUCCCCAGUAUGAGGGGUCCACGCUUAGGGAGUCUGGGAGACUAAGGCUCUUUAAUUUUGGCACAGACUUCCCAGCUUAAUGGAAUCCCAGUUCAGUCAAAGGAAGACAAUACCAAGGAACUAUAUUUUUAUUUUUUGCCUAAAAGUAUUCUUGUGAAUUUCAGAAAUCUUUAAAACUUUCUAACAAGUAUUUAAUUUUUGAAGCUAAUGAGCUUUAGGCACUUCUUAUUUUUAUUUGAUACUUAAUUCUUCUUGAGCUUUUGAGAUUUUUUAAAUGUGUAAGCAUGUAGUCUGAUAGACUCAUGUACAAAAGCAGUAAGUGUCUAACACUAAGCAGGUGCUGUAAAGGUAUAUAAAUGAGUUUGCUUCAGGGGCCUGUUUCAGUACAGGCCCUAAUUUCUUGAAACUUCUUAAGCUUAACAGGCUUAAGUAGCUUAUUUCAAUUAGCCAAAAUACAUCCUUAAAUUGAAUUUUGAUAAAUGAAAAAUGGUUUAUUGUGAUAAUCAUAUUGAUAAUUCCUAUCUAAAGCAUAAAAAUUCUUAAAGAAGUUAAUAUUAUGCAAUUUAUUGAACACCAAAAAUAGUGAGCUUAGCUUAAUCCUGUUAUAAGGGACUUAAGAAGUUUCGAGAAAUCGGGGCCAGGAGAUUAUUUGUAACUUAAAUAAUCUUAAAUCUGCAUAAAUGUAAGCAAGUAGAUUUCUUUUAUUUCUUUUGUGGACUGGUCCAUUAUGUAACAAAAUAACGGAAAUAUGACACUAAGAUAAUUUCAAUGUACAACUGAGAUCGACAAAGAUUGUUAUUGAAAUGGGCCCUGAAGGUAUAUUCUGCCUUCGCUCUCUGGCACUGAAGCUAUAAUUGCCUUGCAAAAUAUGUUGUACUUUAUUUUUACAUAAAAGAACCUCUUCCUUUUGCCUGAGCAAUGAUUUAUUAUGAACAGAUCCAGUAGUAGUUAUUUUUUAUAUACUCUGUUAUAAAAAGUGUAUUUUUUGAAAGUCUAAAUCUUAUAUUAGUAUUGCUAUCAAAAUUAUAUCAAAUACAGUGGAACCUCUUUGGCUCGAACUCUCGAAGACCGGCGAAAAUAGGUCGCGCCAUGAAAAAUUUGAGCGAAGCGGGAAUGCUUACAUACAGUUUAAAGAAAUCGGUCCUUUACAUCUAGUUUGAGCCAAGCGAAUUUGAGCCUACAAGGUUCAACUGUAUAGGAUACGAGUAUGUAUCCCUGACCAUGAGAAGUGAUGAGGGAACUGGGGCCGUAUUCAAUAAGCAUCUUAGUAAAUAUUUUGAACUUAGUGAGAAUUUCGUAAUUUUUGACAACGAUUAUUUUAGAUACCCGCUACUUUUUAUCAGACCUAUUCAUAUGCAUAUAUUGUUCAGACCAUUUUCUUGCUUAUUUUCAUAUUCUUGGUGUACAAACAUUGGUCAUUUUCUUAAAAUUCAAAUUAGAAAAAUGGCAAUUUUUCACUUAGUUGAAAAUUAUUACUAAGAUGUUUAUUGAAUACGGCCCCUGUACAGUACAACCUCAUGUAUACCCUUUUCAUUAAGUCAUAUUUGUUCCUAGAUGUAUAUUAAUUUGUCAAGUACAAAAUCAUGCUAAUGACAUGUGUGUAUUUUUUAAGAAAAAGUUUGCUAUUGACAUCUUUACACCACAUAAAACAUUCUUUCAAGAUUGAGGUUAAACUUCACUGUUUACCUUGACAAUGUACAUUCUAUUUGCUUAUAUUGAAACAUAUCAUUUGAUUUUUGUUUAUUAUUUUAAUUAAUUGUUUUGAAAUAUUCAUUGUAAAAGGGAAACCACUUAAAUGUUUUCGUCUUUCAAACAUGUAAAUUUAGAAGUAGGAAAAUUUAAUGAGAGGACAGUGUUGUGUUUUUAUCUCAGUUUUGUGGAUUUCACCAUGACAUAAUGUUCCAAUAUUGUAAAAAAAACAAGACACUUGUUACUUUUAAAAAGUUCCAUUGCAAUUUCCUGCUUCAUGUUUUCUCUUUGACAUUCCAUUGUCAUUUUAGUGAUGUGUUUGUGUUUUUGUGUCGCCUUAGAAGCAUCACGGCACUAAGGGAUGACUAUAUCUGAGUGGUGAUUAUUGAAUGAUUUGUUGUCAAGUUUGUAUGCACAUUGGGCAUGGUAAAAGAUGGCCUCUAUUGAUUUUGGGGUCAGUUGGUCAAAAGUAAAGGUGAUCUUUACCAGAAAAGAGAUCUGCAAUCUUGACAGGCGACAAUCUUCAAUCUUAACAUGUGAAGAUCUUUAGGUCUUGACAGGUGACAAUCUUCAGUCUUGAUAGGCAAGAUCUGCAGUCCUGACAGGUGACAAUCUUCAGUCUUGAUAGGCAAGAUCUGCAGUCCUGACAGGUGACAAUCUUCAGUCUUGAUAGGCAAGAUCUGCAGUCCUGACAGGUGACAAUCUUCAGUCUUGAUAGGCAAGAUCUGCAGUCCUGACAGGUGACAAUCUUUAGUCUUGAUAGGCAAGAUCUGCAGUCCUGACAGGUGACAAUCUUCAGUCUUGAUAGGCAAUGAUCUGCAGUCCUGACAGGUGACAAUCUUCAGUCUUGAUAGGCAAGAUCUGCAGUCCUGACAGGUGACAAUCUUCAGUCUUGAUAGGCAAUGAUCUGCAGUCUUGACAGGUGACAAUCUUCAGUCUUGAUAGGCGAUGAUCUGGAGUCUUGACAGGUGACAAUCUUUAGUAUUGACAGUGGAUAAUCUUAAGUCUUGAUGGGCCACAAUCUUCAGUCUUGACAGGUAACUAUCUUCAGUCUUGACAGGUGACGAUCUUCAGUUUUGACAGGCGAUGAUUUUCAGUCUUGACAGGUUACGUCUUCAGUCUUGACAGGUGACGAUCUUCAGUUUUGACAGGCGAUGAUUUUCAGUCUUGGCAGGUGACAAUUUGCAGUCUUGGUUGGUGAAGAUCUUAAGUUUUGUGGAUGACGAUCAGCAGUCUUGACAGGCAACAAGCCGCAGUUUUGACAGGCAACGAUCUGCAGUUUUGACAGACGACAAUCUUUAGUCUUGACAGGAAACACUAGAAUACUAGUUUGAGAUUAACAACCUAGAUCAGCAACAGUUUCAACACAUCAGAUUUGAAAUAAAAAAAUUGUAUAUUUUUCAAUACCAUAUUUUAUUUUUGAAGUACCUAUUUCACUAGCAAUGUAUAAGAACAAUUGUAUUCCUAGUACAUUUUUACAUUCUGUGUAAUCAUUAUAAAAAAAAAGAACUGAUAAUGUAUCGUUCCUAAAUAACCUAUGCAUAAUACACAAAUACCUUUAUACGCAUGUUGUAACCACAAAUAUGCAGACUUUUAACAUUUAAACCCUUGUUCUUAUUUUAGUAGUUAUUGAUUUAAUUUCUCAAGACAGAGUUAGGUAAUAAGUGAAUGUAUGAAUUUUUAUAGUUAGAUAUGUACUUUUUCAGUAUUGAUUAUCAAACACCUGAGAAUAAUAUUCCAUGGAAUUGUGGUCUGCUAACAUAAGCUUUAUAAAAAAACGUCAACAUUAAUGUCAAGGGCAUUAAAUAUUUUAUUCGUCUGACAUAAUAUCUACCAUACAUUGUAGUUUUUACACUCUAAUGAAACGCUUACAUGAAAAUAAUUACAAUUUUUUCUUCACAGACUUGCAUUAUAGAAGCUUCUGGCCCCAAUUUCUCGAACAACCUUAAGUCCCAUAUAACAGGAUCCAACUCAACAGUGUUUUCGUUUCGGUAAUGCAUACUAUUCUCCUUUGACACUUUAAACGGAAAAUAUAUGAAAAGAUAUUCAUGAUUAAUUACAUCUUAUUUUGUAAGAUGAAGUAAUUUUGCUAAUGAAAUGAAGCUAAUUAUGCUUAAUUUUUUUUCAUAAAAUUGGGGCCUGGUUCUAUAUCAAGCUUUGCUUUGCAAUAUGCUUACAAAUAUUAUCGAAUGUUGAUUGCCGACGGUGACAAAAGUGAUGUUUUGCCUGAGUAAAGGUUGUGCUUUUGAAUCAUAUAAUUAGUUGUAAAGAACAUCCCCAUUGAAGCAUUAAGUCAAAUUUCCUUUUCAUUCCUUUCUAUUGUUCAUGAAAUGCUUGACCAUAAUUUUUUACGAUUUUGAUUUCUGUUUUCAAUUUUUGUUGUUGAAUCUAGAUAUUUUUCUCUUAUUUAUGGAAUAUUGUUUAUUAUGAAUAAAAGAUAAAUCCUCA